AUGAUGGACAAUGCAUCCCUUAACCCCCGCACCGUAUUCCCCCAAGGACCAAGCUUCACCCUAGAAGACUUCUCCAGCCGGGACUUCAUAGUGAAAGAAUUUAUCGAAGCGCUAUCCGACACAGCAAUUUCCACCCGACGCUCAAUAGGUCCCGUCUCGAACCAGCCGUUCGACCCAAAGCCGCUAAUCCGCACCUUUGAAGGCGCCCAACGCCGCCUAAACGAGCUAUCCGGCGAUCUCGAGCUCCGCGAGAAUGAACUUUCCGCUGCUGUGCGCCGCGCAGAAGCACAACACAGCCAGAAUCUCAAUACCCUCGGUCAGAAAUUGCGUCAUACGAUCGAAUCCUUCCAGCAGCUGGAUACGUCGCUGAAUUCCGGUCGUGAUGCGGGCGGGACGGGCAAUAUGGCGGUUGAGACGGGAAGGCGGCUAGAAGAGCUUGAUCGGCAACGGCGGAGAGCGCUGGACGCCCAUUUCCUCAUUCAGUGCUGGGAUGGGGUCUGCAAUCGUGGUGAGAUAUCGUUGUUAGAAGCAUUGCGACGGUCGGGCACCGGUGAGGCGAAGGUCAGGUCUGCUCAUAUUGCGCGACAGCUGCUGCGGAUCAGUCAGCGGUUGGAUCCGCAGAGUUGGCAGGAGCAUUCAUCGAACAGGAAUGGCAAUAGCAAUGGGUAUGAGAGUUCGUCAGAGGAUUUGAGUGAGAGUCCUGCGCCAAGACGAAAUACCAGGGAGAUUAUUGAGAAGUUUUCUGAGACGCUGGAAAAGGAUUUGUUGAAGCAGUUUGAUGAUUUCUAUCGAAAGGCCAACUUUGAUGGGAUGAGGGACUGUGCGACUGUUCUGCAGGAUUUCAAUAGUGGUGCCAGUGUCAUUGCGCUGUUCGUCAACCAACAUCAAUUCUUCAUUGAUCGCAGCCAGCUCGUUACUGAGGAGGUUGGCGGGGAUCCCGAGUCAUGGGAGAAAUUGGCCGACCCAGAUGCAGAGUUACCUGGUGUGGAACCUAGUCUUCAGUCGUUGAUCGAUGAGGUCAAGAUUGUUGUACAGGAGGAAUCUGCAAUCAUUCGACGGGCGUUUCCCUACUAUGAGCAAGUGCUGGGUAAAUUUCUACAGCGGGUGUUCCAGCAAUCGAUCCAGCAAAGGCUUGAAAUGGUCUUGGAGAAAGCUUCUGGGGCUUCGUCGCUGGCUUUCCUACGUUGUCUACAAAGCUCACGCGGGUAUAUCAGUGCCUUAAUUGAAGACCUAAAACAGCACGGAUUGACCGAACAUCCCGAUCCUGUCUCAUCUCAAACAGCUGUGUUGUUGGAUCAACAAUUAGAGGACUUGUUUGUUCCCUAUUUUGUCGGAUCGUCAUACAUCGAACGCGAGAAGCGAACCCUGGAAGAACUCCUGCAAGCGGUUUUAUUCAAAUUCACAUCCUACCAUGCCCGGCGCAAGAAGGCCGCAACAACUUUCAUGGCUUCCAUCCGAGCAGGGUCGGAGCUUCUCUCCACGACCAGGGAUGCAUUCAUCAACCGAUUGGACUCACCCGAAGUCUCGCCAAUCCAACGUAGAGUCCUUCUCAGCGUAGCUAAGAUCAGCGAAACGCUAGAGACAACGCGAUUGACCGAGAUCAAGCUCACAGAAGAAGACGGCCAGCCAAACCUCAGUGACGCCAAACGCAUGCUCAAGUGGCUAGCAGAGGCCGUGGGCCGAGGUCUCGAACUGAGCGUCAACAGCGAUACUCCAAAGGAUGUAUCGGCUUUGUUGAACUUGCUUCUGAUCACAAUGGGAGACGGAUACGUGGAUGUGUGUCUUGACGCCGCUCUGGAAGCGGCAACUUCACAAGAGUCCGCCAAGGCAGAGCCCGACUUUUCAUAUCUUUUCUCGGUGCGGACAACAAUCAGCAUUACUACAUUGAUGGUGAUGUGUGUUCAUGCAGUGCUUCUCCCCCUGUCAGCAGGGAGCAUCACUACCCGGCGAGACAUGGAGAAGCGCACAACUCAGACAACUUCACGGAUCGAAGACAAAAUCAACACUAUCGAGCAGAAGACCAUCGACGCAACUUUGGCUUGGGUAACAAGACUUCUAUCUGGACAGAAAAAGAACGACUUCCGACCAAGAGAAAGCGACAACACAGCUUGGCUGGAGAUGCUCCAAACACCCACCUGUGCCUCCAUAACAUCCUUCCUAACCCGCCUCCACAACAUCGCCCGCACAUCCCUCCCAUCUAGCGGCGCCAAUAUCCGCCAAGUCCUGACAGAAAUCGCACUCGGCACUCGCCGCCUGCUCCUAGACCACUUCAAACGCUUCUCGGUUAGUGGGCCGGGUGGUCUGAUGGUCACCAAAGAUAUGACCCAAUAUGCCGAGUUGUUCAAAUCAUGGGACAUCGAUGACGAAGCCAAGGGCCCAGGUGGCGCGCUGGACGUGUUACUCGAAGUGGGCAGUUUAUUCGUUAUUGGCCUUGAAGCUCUGAGGGAGCGCAUUCGCGGCGGUGCUGCAAGUGGAACUACCGGGUCUUCGGGGUCGGGGCCAUCGGUGAGGAACGCUCAAGAGGGCAAGUUAAGUGUGCAGGAAGUUAGGGCUUAUGUUUCCAGAAGGGAGGACUCAAAUACUUUUGCUAUGCAACAAGUUCUUAAUGCUUUGUAA